CAAUCAACAAUCUACAAUCAAAUCGCGUUACUCUCUUCUCGCGUGCGGUACACACAAUUCUUUCUUCACGUUCCUGAACCUCACUCGAUCAUCCGGUCGAUAUAAUCAUUCGAAAAAUUGCACCCUCGACCUUUUCGUACUGGGCGGUCAGAUAUAAUUUCUUUUCGAGCGUUGAUAAAAUUUAAAAAGAGGUGAAGCACGACGCCCUGGGCGGCCCAAUUAGUCGCUUUAUUAUUAUUAUUCAAGGGGGGUGGUUACUACUGAGAAAUGAAGCGAAGAAAAAUAUCCGAGUUAUUUUUUUGGUUGGUUUGUCUUAAUGAUGUUUUAUUUAAUUGUUGGUGUUUGGCUACAACUACAGAACAUUCGGCAAGUUUAGCAGUUAAUAAAUUUCAAAGUGCUUUACAUCAACAGAACACCUUUACAAUUCUCAGUUCGAUAGAAGAAAGGCUACGCAGCCUGGAUAAUGUCUAUUCCAUGCAGCUGUCACAAAACCUGGAAAUUAAACUGGACCAAUACAACCGAAAACUGGAAAACCUCGAUAAUAAAAUUAUGCGGCUGGAAGCAUUGGUGAUGUUGAAUUUGGGAAAAGUAUCGGAAAAUAUUAGUACCAAAAAUUUCAAGGACGAUUUAACUAAGACGGAUAUUUUGAGAAAAUUAGAUUCGACAUACGAAGGCGUAACCCAUCGUUUGAAUUAUAUCGAGAGAAAGCUCGAAGUGAAUUCUGUAUUAUUUCAGGAAAAAUUAGAAGCUAUGUUUAAUCAUUUAGAUAAAAUGGAUAAAGACGCUAUAAAGCGUGAUUCAGAUUUGGAGACCGAAGUGUCAGCAGCAAUAUCUGGUAUCAAGAAUCUCACAACUACCUAUAAAAUUUUGGAAAGGAAGGUUAUGAAUGUUACCGAGGAUGAACUAGUAGUUGCCAAACAUACACUUAACUUAUUAACAAAAUAUAAUAUGGAAAACAGAAAAUCUAUGAACAAGUUACAUGAUAAUAUUGUAGGUAACCUACAGUAUCUUGAUAACAGGACGACUCAGCACCUGAAAAUAUCAGAUGAUACUAAUACUUUCCUCAAGCAAAUGAAAAUCGAAUUAAAAGAAGACUUCAAUAGUUAUGCUAAUAAGGUAGCAGAUAUGAAUUCAGAUAUGUGGAAGAAUACAGAUACUACAGAAGACGAUUUAAAAAAUAUCGGAAUCGUUGUAAACAGUACAAAGGUGGAGCUACAAAAUGGAGUUCGCUCGUUAAUGAUUCAGAUUGGAAAACUAUCUCACAAAGAUGCGGCGCUCGUAAGUGGUGUUGACUACAAAGAUUUAGAUAAAAAGCUGACAGCGAACAUUGAGAAAAUAUUAACCAACCAAGAUGUAUUUUUGGAAAGCUGUCAUCGGCUGCAAAUGGACGAGUCACAAAUAGAAUCAGAAAUAAGCGUCAUGUUAAAUAAGCUCAUCGACAUGUUAGAAAAGAAGUUAUCUACAGAAGCAAAAGAUAUGAAGAAUUUCGAAAAAAAUCUGAAAAGUCACGAUAACAGAAUAAACCGGAACAUGAUGCAAGCAAACCAAAAUAUAAUUUCAUUAUUCGAAAAAUCAACAGUUAACUCCCAACUGCUCACAAACGAAAUUAGAAAAGUGGGUACUGAUAUAAACGCCUUAUUUACAUUUGUCCAAACUACCAUCAACGAUGGAUCAGCGACUACAUCUGUGGCGACAACUAAGAUUAUUCUGGACAAGUUAAUUUUACUGGAAAGAACUACCAGGGACAUUCAAUAUAUACUCUAUAAUGAAAAACCAGAAAAUGUAUCUAAUUAUCAAAUCCAUAAGGAAAUUCAAAGAUUAACUAAAUCACUAACGACGUCAAUUGAGAAGAUAAAUAAUUCCUCCAGAGACUCCCAGUUAUGUCAAAACAAUGUCAAACAAAAUCAUACAGUAAGGCCACCUCAAUUGUUACCUACGUCCACAAUAAAUCCUCUAGAAGAUGAUUCCUUAAGAGAAUCUAUUGCCAAAAUAUUUGGUGAAAAACCCAAGCCAAAGAGAAAAUGCAAGCAGAAUGUAAGGAAUUUAAUAGAUAUAAGAGCAGGUACUGAUUGUGAAGAACAAACGAAAAAUCAGAGAAGGCCCGCAAGAAAAAGGAAAAUGAAGUAUGAUAUCGACAUAAGGGCAGAUGUUGGUUCAAAUAAUAAUGGAAACGAUUAUGAAGAUGAAGAUUAUAACGAUACGACAGCUACAACAACAGAAGAAUCAACCACUACAGAAAUCAUAACUUAGGUCAGGUGUAUCUUAAAAGUUAGAGCUAUCAACUUAAAUUCACUACAUCCUAUUUUUAUAUACCUAUUUGUUAAUAUUAUACUUUUUGAUAUUUUUUCAAUAAUCCAGACACAAACAUAAAGCCAGUAUUUGUAUCUACAAUAUGUAAAUAUUUAUCUUCUGUAUUUUACUAGUGUUGUCAAAAUGCAAGAACAAGACGAGACUUAGACAGUAUUGGUCUUGCGCCAAUACAUCUGGUCUAGGUCUUGAUAUUGCGCCCUUGAUCUUGGUCUUGACCUUGCAGCAAGAGUCUUGCAAGUCUCGCAGUUACACUUUGGCCUAUUGCUAUUUAAUAAACGUUACUUUAGAUCUUAGAACAACGUAACAGAGUGGGUACAUUUUAAGGUUGAAUUAACAUAGCCAUAAUAAAGACCAACUAAAUUAAUAAAUGUCUAAACAACUGACACCGGGUGAGGUUUGAAACCACGAUCUAAGCAAUCCGUGGCUGUGCUCUAACUAACCGAGCUAUCUUCCAUGUCCCACGGGAGCCAAUCUCUUGGAAUCUCUAUUCCUGCUUUUAAUAGUUAUAAAUACAGAUCCAUAUUUUUGUGUUUGUUUAAUACAAAGUAAUACAGUUUACUGAACAUACCAUUUAUAUAAAUAAAAAUACAACCCAAAUUAAAUUACAAGAUAGUACAUCAGCCUUUGACAUCACUGUUACUUUAUAUUAAUUCCUUUGACCAAGAAUUAAUACAAAGUGACCAUCUGGCUGACUCAUCACUUAACCUAUUUCUAUGUUUUCUAAUUACUAAUGAUGCUUCAGAUAAUAAUCUCUCAGCAAGUAUUGAAACAAAAUCAAUCUUCGAUGAAGUCUGAUAUUCUGUCUCAAGCGUCCUCCACCACUCUAAAAUGUCUUCCGUGCUAGCGACUCUGGGUUUACUUACGUACGCAUCCAACUCAUCAAUAACUAAGCCCUGAUGACAAGAUCCAGAUGAAGUAGAGGGACAUGCAUACAGUUUCUCAGUCUAUUAAGUCUUUAUCUUCAGCAUAUUCACAUACUUUCUUUUCAUUUCUUGGUAAUUCUACUGAGCCCUAUGUCUUGGGUCUAAAAUUAAAGAGAUACAAUAAACUCAGCUGCUCUUCUUAUAUUCUUUAAGCAUUUUGUCUCGAGCUGCUUGAAAACCCAGAAUGGCUUUUUAUCCACUUCAGAUCGAUUAGGUUUCUCAUCAAUUGUUUUACGAUGGAUUCUAUUUUAUCGAGCAAGAGAUUGAAUGAUGCAAUGACUAAUGCUAAUGUAACACAUUUUACUCCACCAAGUUUCGUUGACAAAAGUUUAAAGUUUAUUAGAAACUUAUGUAUUUUUCAAGCAUUUGCUAUUCACUCUCUGUGAUUUGAAAAUGAUUCAAUUCGGUGACAGAUGUGCACAAUAUGUUAAUGCCAGUUCUUACUUUUAAAAGAAAUCCAAUCAUAUUUAUAACGUGUGGAAUUCCAUCUCGUUGGACAGACAAGUAUGGGAUUCAGAUUUGAUGGCACCGCAGCUGCUUCACAAGCAGACUGAAACUUCCUCUUCAAUAUCUCACUUCUUUUUAUUUUACUGGAAAUACUGCGUAAUUUUGUUAUAGCUGUACGUGAGUCAGCAGCCAUGAAAAAUAUUUGGCGCAUAUUUUUCAUCUUCCUCAGUUUCGUCUUCAUAGGUUUCAUACUGCUGUUCUUGUCCGUUAUUGUCAGUUUCACUGAGUAAUACUAAGGUCUUUAAUAGAUCUUUACACCAAGGUUCAAAAUGUGAGCAAAGCAUCGCAAAUGUUGAUUGUCUGAAUCAAAAUGUGGCAGCUGUUUGCUCAGUUCAUACAUACAUUUGGUAAUUGCAAUUGCGUUGUCGAUAUUUUAGUUUUACAUUGUAAUUAUGACCUCUGAGUACGUGUCAAAUUUUCUUGUAAUGAAUAUUUUGAUUUGGUACGUAUGUUUAUGGUAUUGUUCGUAAUGGGUAUAAGUCCAAUUUUCCAAAUUUUUAUUACAUAUUUUUUGCGUCUCAUAGAGUCUCUAAGCAUAUACCCGAACUACUAUACUCCCUAAAACGAUACUCAGACCUAACUGCAAGACGCAAGAGUCUCACAGGCUUGGUCUUGUUCUUGCUCAUAUCUUGCAGUCAGUCUUGGUCUUGCUAAAAUUAGGCGGUCUUGCAAAACUAAGACCGAUUUUGGGCAACACUAUAUUUUACCACAAUUUUACUACUUUAAAAGAUGUUUUUGUAUUAGUAGAAAUAAAAAAACUUCAAGAAAGUCAAAAUGUGAGAUUAACAGAUAUACCUAAAUUAAUUUAUAUUUUAAAGAUUCCAUUUUUUAAAAAGUAGUAAGAUAUAAACUGUUAUUUAUUACUAUAUGUACUUAUGCUGUGAAAUUGUAAAUAAAACCAUUUGUAUGUUUAUUUUUAAUGUUAUACUAACAAAAUUAUGUAUUAAACAGUAUUAUGCA